AUGGCCUGCCAGAACGGAGGCACUCCUGUCGGCAUUCACUGCAUCUGCCCACCUGGGUAUUCUGGUGCCUGGUGCGAGAGCGAGAACACAGCCACAGCCUGCCAGAACGGUGCCACGGCACUGGGAAUGGAGUGCAUCUGUGCACUAGGAUACUGGGGUUCCUUGUGCGAGAAUGAGGACAGCACCGCUGUGUGCUUGAAUGGUGGCACGCCAGUUGGAACAGCAUGCAAAUGUCCACCUGACUACUGGGGAUUGCGGUGUGAAUGCAACAUCAUUAACAUCACCACUAAACCGCCUCUAAACAGCACCACGACUGAGGUGAACAGACCCACGACCUCUACAGCGACAACGACAAUGACAAACACUACGACCUCCACUGCAGCUACAACAACCCCUGCAACAACACACACUACAUCUACCACAACUGCAUCCACCACCUCCUCGACAACUGUACCCAACACAGCCACAACUGAUCCAACCACACUCACAACCACGUUCACUCUACCAACCACCACCUAUGCUGACAACACCACGCUCAACACCACUUCCACUGUACACACACCCACAUCCACUAACGUGAUUAGCCUAACCACCUCCACUGUACUGACCACCUCCACUGACAUAACUGCCCUAACCAUCACCUCCACAGUACCAACCACCUCCACUGACAUGACUAUCCUCUCCACUACCUCCACUGUACCCACUACCACUUCCACAGACACGACUCCACUCACCACCAACUCCACUGAACCCACUACCACCCCUGCUGAAACAGCAACACUCACCACCACCUCCACUGACAUGAUAACCCUCACCAACACUUUGCCUGUAGCCACUGCCACCUCUACUGACACAGCUACAAUCGCCAUCACCUCCACUGACACAGUGACCCUCACCACCACCUCCUCCGUACCCAAUAUCACCUCUACUGACACCAGUACCCUCACCACCAGUUCCACUUCCCCCACCUUGUCAACUGACACCAGGACCCUCACCACCACAACCACUAUGCCUACCAUAUCCACUCACACCACUACCCUCACAACCAACUCCAUUAUACCCACCACCACGUCUACUGAUACUUCUACCAUAACCACCAUCUCCAUUCCAUUCACUAACUCCACUUUACCUGACAUGACAUCCACAGACACGACUUCCCUCACCACCAGUUCCCCUGUACCCACCACCAACUCCACUUACAAGACUACCCUCACCACUGCUUCCAUCCAACUCACCACCACCACCACUGACAGGACUCCCCUCACAAGCACAUUCACUGUCCCCACCGCCACCUCUAUUGACACUACUAUGCUCACCACUGCAUCUAAUGUAGCUACCACAACCAACACUUACACGAGUACCCUCAGCACCACCUCCACCCAACCCACCACCACCUCCACUGACACAACAGCCCUUACUAUCACCUCCACUGUACUCACCACCUCCACUGAUAAGACAACCCUUACCACCACUUCCCCUGUACCCAGUUCCUCUUCUGAAAUGACUCCCCUCACCAUUAGCUCCACUGUACAUGCCACCAAAACCACUGACACGACUACACUCAGAACCACCCCCACUAUACCAACCACCAUCUCCACAGACACAAUUACCUUAAACAGCACCUCCAACCCACCCACCAGCACCACCACUGACAUAACUACACUCACCACCACCACCACUUUAACCACGACCAACUCCACUGACACAAAUUCACUCACCACCAAUUCCCCU